ACGCGUCCUCUAUCUUCUCCUCCAUUCCGCCUCCGUGUCGAUAGCUACGUACGUGCGUGCUCGAUCUCCAUCGACGACCAUCGCAAUACGUCCGUCACAAACUCCUUAGGCUCCGGUCCUUCGUACGUGAACGUAGCAGCAACAUGCUCGACGUGGCCACCAGAGCAGCCGGCGGGCUGGCGCGCUCGCUCGUUGUGGCCGCCUUCGGCGCAGCCGGUACGGUGAUCGGCGGCAUGCUCGGCCUCCUGUGGGGCUUCGUUAACGAGGACGGACUGCUGCAGGGCGUGGUGGUCGGGGCGGUCACCGGCGCCCUCGUUUCCGUGGAGCUCGCCGACUCCCUCCUCAGGAUAUGGACCUGCGGCGACUGCUCCAUGGACGAGCGCAUCAAACGCACGCGGCUGGUGCUCCGGAGCGUGGCGGCCGGCCGCCUCCUGCGCGGCUCGGUGUUCCCGGCCAUAAGCGGCGCGCUGGACAGCCAGAUCGAGGCGCUGCAGCAGCACCACUCGUCGCGAGGCGACCUCUUCGAGCCGAGCUCCGGCCCGGUGACGGCCGCGCGGAGGGCCGCCGUCGAGAGCCUCCCGGCGACGGUGCUCACCAAGGAGACCGCGGGCGCGGGGCAGCACACCACCUGCCCCAUCUGCCUCCAUGAGUUCCAGGCCGGCGAGAGCUCCAGGAGGCUGCCGGCGUGCGGCCACGUGUUCCACCUGGCGUGCAUCGACAGCUGGCUCCUGUGGAAGCCCCACUGCCCCAUGUGCCGCCACGCCGUCUACUAGCCUAUCCCCCCGCCGCCGCCGGGGAGCAAACAAACGGAGGAACGACGUACGGCGGCGUUGCCGCAGAUGAAGCGUAGUAGUAGUACAUGGGUCUCACGAAGCA